AUGACGUCUAUAAACAUAACCAAAGAAACAAUUAUAAAACGCAAAGCCGACAGACAACGUCUCCUGAAAGAAAUCAAUGAAAAGCGUGAGUCCAACUGCUUGGUGGAAAGAAGCAAUCAAGUCAGCUUACUGAGAGCUCAGAGGAAGCACUUCACUGGUGCCUACCAGUGCCAUAUUUAUAGCCAAACCAAAGAACCUGUGCCCGACAGUGGCAGGAGCUCCUGGAUCAAACUGAGUCUCAUUACUCACACAGAGAAGAAGCACUUCCCAUCCAAACAUAAUGCCAUAUUUGGAUAA